AACCCUUCUGCUGUAUUCAUCAUUAAGCAAUAAUCACAGACCGCGAAAACAGCCGCUCGCACCACAUCGCAGUCAAAGCUGGAGCGAAGAGCGGAGAUCGGAGAGUAUAAGACAAGUUAAAACCGAGUCAAUUUGGUGAUGACGCGCUUCCCUCUGUGAAAAACACAAAAAGGAGGGAGGGAUUCAGUUUAACCUAAACCCUCCCAAACCCCAAAAGAACAGCUCUCAUAGAUAUAGAAUGCGCGGGUUGAGAAAAUUAACCUCUCUAUUUACAAAAGUUCCGAAGAAUUUUGCAAGAAAUUCUAAUUCGAAUGCAACCGCUGCUGAAAAAUCAACCCUAGUUAAAGGAAAAUCUCCAUCCAAGAAACCCCAAACUCUUGGUGGCUCAAAGGAGAUCGUUAAUACUCAUUCCAUAGCUUCAGUUUUGAUAUGUGAUGGUGCUAGAAACACAGAUUCAUUAGGUUUCGAUUCGCAAGACCAAGACUUACAAAUACCAUGGGGUGGAAUUGGAGAACCCACAAAUCUUCAUUACAUGCAGAGUAGGAAGGUUAUUGCACGUGAAAGAAAACAGAAGGUCGUUUACAAGAACACCAUAAAUCGUCGGUUUGCUGAUAUUGUAAAUUUAUGUGGAGAUAAACUGGGUGCAGAUGAUACACUUAACAUCUUUGGUAAGCUUGGGCGAGAUACUGGUUUGAAAGAAUAUAAUGCAUGUAUAGAAGUUUGCAUAAACAGCGCUAAGAAGAGUUUUGAUGAAGAGGAAUCUUUACAGCGCAUAUAUGACGCUUAUCAAAUCUUGAGAGCUAUGAAAGAACAUGGGGUCCAGAUUAAAGAAACAACCUAUGGUCCUUUACUCAGAUAUUUUGUUGAAACGGGGAUGGUUGAAGAGUUCGAAUUCUUCAGUAAGUUCAUCACAGAAGUGAAUCCUGGUGCAUUUUCUAGAGUAGGUUACUAUGAAAUGCUGCUCUGGACUAAAGUUGGCAAUGAAGACAAAGUUCAGGAGCUUUGCAACUCAAUUGGAGUUGAUAAUGUUGGAUGUGAACUCACAGAAAACUAUUUGCUGGCAUUAUGCGAAAGGGACAGGGAUGAAGAGCUUGUGAAAUUGUUGAGUGUUAUCGAUGUCACAAAAGUUUCAUCACAAGACUACUUAUCAAAUAUUUUUGAGUCUCUGGGAAAGCGCGAGUUGAAAAAUUUCGCAGAGAAAUUCAUUUUGGCCCUGAAAGCCUCAGAAGCAACGGAGGAAAAACUAUCACACUUCAUAUACAGCUACGCAAUUAGCAUCCCAGUGUUAGUGGUUGAGGACGCUAUAUCUGAAUUCGAGAAGCUGCACGAGAAGUUUCAUGUUCCACCCUCAUCCUUUUCAUAUGAGGAGCUUUUCAGAUACUGUUGUAAAUUUCGAGAGGUGCAUGCAGCCCUUGAUAUUGUUGAUAAGAUGGAUGAAUUGGGCUUCCCUAUCUCUCUUGAAAAAUUCCAUCAACUUUUAGAUGCGGUUGAGGAGAGCCGUGAGCUUGAUUUGGUUCGUCCAGUAUAUUCACGGAUUUGUCGCCAUAACUCGGAUCCAAGUUCCGAAACGUUUAGGAGGAUGAUAAAUUUGUUGGUUAGAAUGAAAGAUUUUGAAGGUGCUUACAACAUGCUAAGUAAUAUGGAAGAAAUGGGCUUAAGGCCUACGACAGUUAUGUACAAUGCCAUAAUGGCCGGAUACUUCAGGGAGAAAAACAUUCGUGGUGGGUUGAUGGUUCUCAACCAGAUGAAAAAUGCAGAUGCAAAACCAGAUUCUCUGACAUACAGCUAUCUAAUAGCCAAUUGUGAAUCUGAAGAGGAUCUUGUUAAGUACCGCGAGGAAAUGCAAUCUUCUGGUAUUCAGCAGACAAAGCCGGUUUACAUGGCAACUAUAAACGCACAUGUGAAGUUUGGGCAGUUUGAGAAGGCAAAGAAGGUAGUCGCUGAUCUAGUGCCAUCACAGUGCAUAAAUGAAGUUAAGAGUGUGCUUGUAUCAGCUCUUGCAAGUCAUGGGCAAUUUUCUGAUGCACUUCAACUUUAUAAAGAAAUCAAGCAGACUGGAUUGCGAGUGGAGCCAAAGGCUACAUUAAGCCUGUUUGACCAUUUUCAAUCUGAUGGAGAGUUGGAUAGAUUGAUGGAGCUGCUUGGGGAGUUGAGUGAUUCAGACUAUUGGUUUGAUGGCUGUGGAAGGAUCAUCCUAUAUUGUGUUCGGCACAACCUUCUCAGUUCCGCGGUUGACUUACUCAAAAAACUGAAAGACAUAGAUGAGCUGUCUUCAUAUGCUGUUGUCAAUCAGGCCUUCGCCUAUCUUUCGGAGGCAGAACCUACAGCAGUAGAGGUUGGACUCGAUUUUUUAAGAGCUGUUAAGGAAGAGGUUGGUCUACAUCCUUCCCGCACUAGCCUUGAUUUUCUUCUCUCUGCUUGUGCAAGUGCCAAGGAUGCCAAGCGUGCUUGGUUAAUCUGGGAAGAAUAUCAGAAAGCUGGUCUUCUUUACAAUGUAUUAUCUUACUUAAGAAUGUAUCAAGUCCUUUUGAUUUGUGGAGAAUUUGAGGCUGCAAACAUUAUGUUGAAGAAUAUAGCAACAGAUGACCCGCAUGUCCGAUGCAUCAUCCAGAGAUCUGCAGCGAUUUUUGGAGCUUCCAAAUGUAGGAGUUCCAAGAAGAACAAGAAGAAAAAGAAGAAAAGCAUCGCAAGUGUCAUGUAAUGUUGAUCUGAUGGUAAAUGCAUCGUUCUCUCAUAUUUAAUAAGAGCAAAUUUGUAAUUAUGUUUUUUUUUGUUGUUGUUGGCUCUUGUUAUUCAAACAUUCCCACUGUAAUCUGAACUGCGGAAAUGGAAAUCGAUGGUUGUAACA